AUGCCCGCGUCCGAGAAAGACUACUACGCCAUCCUCGGCGUCGACAAGAACGCCGACGACGACCAGUUGAAGAAGGCGUACCGGAAAAUGGCGGUCAAGUGGCACCCCGAUAAGAACCAGGACAAGAAGGAGAAGGCCGAGGCCAAGUUCAAGGAGAUCGGCGAGGCCUACGACGUGCUCUCUGACAAGAACAAGCGGGCAAUCUACGACCGAUACGGGGAGGCCGGUCUUAAGGGCGGGCCUCCCCCGCCCGACACGACGCAGGACGCCGGCAUGCCCGGCACGCAGAACAUGCCUGGAGGCGGCGGAUUCAAGGGCUUCGGCCGAAGCGGCGCAUUCUCCGCUCAAGACGCAACCAGGCUCUUCGAAUCUAUGUUCGGGGGAGGAGGCGGCGGGUUCUCAUUCGGCAACGACGACGCGAUGGGAGGAUCUUUCCCCGGCAUGGGCGGUCCCUUUGGAGGCAUGGGCGGCAUGGGCGGCAUGGGCGGCAUGGGCGGCGUGGGCGGCGGCGCCAAGCGCCCUGCGCCCGAGGAGUACCGACUCGCCCUCUCGCUGGAGGACCUGUUCGCGGGAUGCCGCAAAAGGCUGAAAGUCACUCGACGCCGCGCGAACGGAGCGGUGUCGAUGCGUGAGACCGAAGAGGUCAUCGAGGUGGACGUCAAACCCGGGUGGAAAGCCGGGACGAGACUCACGUUCGCGGCCAAGGGCUCCGAGCAACCCGGGCAUCCGGGUAGGCCCGCGGACCUCGCGGUGGUCAUCGACGAGAAACCCCACGCGUUGUUCAAACGCGACGGGGACGACCUGGUGUACCACUGCGCCAUCACGCUGCGACAGGCGCUGUGCGGAUUUAAGCUGACGUUCAGGGGCGUGGACGGCGAGGACGUCGUGGCGCAGCCGGCGACUGGCGAGGUGACUUGGCCGGGUGCCACGGUUCGCGUGAAAGGGCGCGGCAUGCCGAGCCGCAAGAGGCCCGGCGGUCGCGGGGACGUCAUCGUGAAGGUCGACAGGGUCGACUUUCCUAAGAGAACCACGGAAGCGCAGCGAGCGGGUUUCAAAGAGCUGCUCAGCGGGGCAAAGUAA